CAUAGCUACCCAUGGCCAUUCAUCUAUCCAUAUGCCAUCAUCAAAAGCUUCCCCUUUUAAGCAAAUUCCACUCUUCAUCAUUCACUUCUCUUAAUUUUGACCACUCCUCACAAAGAAUUGCAGGCGCCACCACCGUGAAAAAUUCCUUGGGAUAACACAAAGACACAGAACUGAAUCAGAAACAGGGCUCAGAGUUUUCUCCAUCUGGGUCUGUGUGCUUUUUUUUGGAACUGGGAUAGAAGUUGAAGACGGUGGUUGAUCAGUAGAUUUUAUGUCGGCUUUGUUCAUAUUGGCAGUGAUUGGGGCUCUGUUGAAGCUCUGUUUUUCUUCUUCUCUCUGCUGCUUCUGGCAGAGCUUGAUUCAACUGCAAAAUUAUUAUUCAAUGCGUUUGAGAUUAAAAAGGCAAGACGAAUUGUUUUGUUUCCUUCGUUUUCUUGUGAUUUUCAAAUGGUUUUUAAGCCUAAUUCUUAGAUGGGUUUCAUUUGCAGGACUUAUUCUGGAGUAAAAUUUUCUUGGGUUUUUCGUAUAAAACGAUUUCUACUUCGUUUCUCCACUUUACACUUAAGUUAUUGUGAUUUUCAGAGAUCCUCCAUUGUUUCCGUUUAAUUAUACAUAAGUUGUUCUCUUCUUGUUCUUCCACCGAUUCAAUAAAAAAUGUCGUGCUCUCCUAAUCAGAGAUCUGUUAGCAGUAGUAGAAAGUCGAAUCUGCUGCCGAAUAAAUUUUCUGCAGAUCCCAGAAUGAGGAGAAAACUUCGUAUAAUCUGUUACGAUCCCGAUGCAACUGAUUCAUCCUCAAGCGAAGAUGAAGGAGAAACAUAUGCAAGAAAAUUCAACAGAAUCGUACACGAGAUCCACCUACCUCCGCUGAAAAAGUCUCUCGAAUCCGAGAGUUCUCAGAACAGCAACAAUGAAAACAAAAACCUCAAGUUUAAACAGUCGAAAGCUCUGUUCAAAAACCCUUCAUCUCGUAGACCAUCGUCCUCGAAAUACAGAGGCGUCAGACAGAGAUCUUGGGGUAAAUGGGCUGCAGAGAUUCGAGAUCCCUUUAAAAGAAGCCGUGUUUGGCUUGGUACUUACGAUACCGCAGAAGAAGCUUCUCAAGCUUACGAGUCAAGGAGGUUACAGUUUGAAACUAUGGCAGCAGAAAUGGCUGUUGAAGAAGAAGGCAAAGGGAGUGGAUCAUCAUCUACCCCUGUUUUCUCGGAAAGUACGGCGGAAACCACCGUGUCUCAUACAUCGCCGUCGUCGGUUCUGGAAUGGGCUGAUUCAACUGUGCAAAGCCACGAUUUGAAAGAGGGAACAGAAUCGAUAAAAGAAGAAACAGACAGUAAUAUGAACUAUCUUCAAGAAGGGGAUCCGAGUAAUCCGUUUAUGGAGGAAAUUAGUAUGGGGAUUGAUUUUGAUUCGAUUCUGGCUGAUGGAAUCGGGAUGUUCUUGGAAGAUUUUGCAAGUUUUGAUAACACCCAAAUUUUAGGACUCGCUGAUGAUGAACCCAGUGGGCUUCCGAGUUGGGAUUUUGAAGAUUUUGGGAAUGAUGAUAUUUCUUGUUGGCUUGACGAUUCUAUAAACAUUACAUGUUCUUGAAUUUUUUUGGAGCUUAGGAGUUUUGUUCAUUUGAGAAUGCAGUUUUAAUUUUGUUUUGGAGUGAAACAUGAGAGAGGCCUUUAGGGGUUUUUGCUGUGCUGUGUUCUCUAUAAUAAGAGAUUUUCAACUCUUCCAAUUUAGUGAAUCAAAGUUGGGGGAUAUUGCUACCAAUCUCAUCGUGUAAAUUACUUUUUUCUUCUUUCUUCAAUUUACAAUUUUGACUCA